UCUUGAUUUGAUUGUUUGGAAGUGAAAUACAUCUGCUUUCGUAUGUUGUACCAUUUGCUCUUCAACUAGCUCGUCCAUCUCAUCCGGAGUGAACCGGAUGCGCGACAAGAAUUUUCGAUGGGAUACACAUGAAGAUCACAUCCGAGAACGAGGAAGUGAAAAUGGUUAUACCAUACUUAUCACAUUUUGAUUCUAUUUAUCCGGAAUUCCAAUGCCGGCUUGAACAACGGGCAUUAUCGCACAGGCUGAUCGGCUUCUGGAAGCUGUCUGCGCAAGACCACUGCCGUUCAACAAUCUACCGGUCAGGGUCCAACGAUCAUCGAAUUCGGUCUCGCCACGGUAAGGUAUCAACAGGACGGUAUUCCUCGCAAUCGCGUAUGAACCCUUAUCUCAAAGCGGGUUGCCCGCUCGUGUAA